GAGAACAUGUCGAGCAGCAGCAGCAGCAGUGUGGACGAGACAGCUCCAUCCAGCAGUGGACAACCACAACAGCAACAACAAGAUCAAGAUCAAGAUCAAGAUCAAGAACGCUCAGCGAUGCUUGCAAGCGGGUUGGCGCAGAGCGUGGCUGCAGCGCGCAGUCAGGCAGAGCUGGUCGAUGCGCUGGUCGAAACGCUGAUCGAGGUCGUCCAGCUGCCGUCAUCGUUGUCCGCAUGCAUCCUUGAGACUGCUCGGGACAUCAAGACGCGGCAGGCGGUGCACUACGUCGCGCUGCGGACUGCCAUUGGGAAUCACCCAGACCCAGAUCAAGCAGCCACUGCCAGUGCCAGUGCCAGUGCUCCGCUGACCAUCGACCAGCAGGUAAAGCUGCUCAACGCAGUGCUGGAACAACAAGACUCGAGCAAUGGAUUGGCGACAAUGGCACCUGCAGUCCGUGAUGCGCUGGAUGGCUUGCUUGACGACGUCGCAUCCGCCUCGGUCGCGCUGGCCAACCUGCUCACGCUGAAAGGGAUUCAACGUCAGCAUGCUCGCGUCCUGCGAAUGCUCAUCCAGUACGUGCUGCUCAAUACGGGUGGGCACUACAAUAGCACGACACGCAUGCUUGAGCUUGAGCCGGCAUUUCUGCAGCAGUACGCUGAGAUUGGAGCGCCAGAACAGCCCAACCAGGCCUCCCCGCUGGCGCUCACCAUCAACGGCCUGUGUGACGCGAACGUGAUCAGCUACCCGUUCAAACGCCACCACCUCGGCAGUCCCCUCGCAAUGUUUGAGCGUCUGCAGCACCUCCAGCCCGCCGACCAAUGGCGCCGUUUGUCCGGACACGAAGCGCAAAUGUUCAAAAUCCCAAACCAUAAUUUCGUCACUGGAAACUUCUUGCCGAGGACUUUUCUCGACGCAAUUGGCACGCCGGCAAUCAUCUCCACGACCAACGCAGACUAUGACGCAAUGGACGUCAUUGCCGACCUCUUUCAAGAGGAGGCCCGCCUUCUAGCGCGGCGUCAAGACCAGCCCAUAAGCGCGAUGGAGUCGUGGCGCCACUCGCACGAGCGUCUGCAGCUCAUCACCAAGCUGCUGGAUCGUGAGUACCGGCUCAUUGCGCAAGGCGCUCCUGGGGUCCAAGGGUACACGUCACGAUCGCUGCGAGAAUUUCUGUACGAGAAUGUGAAGGAGUGCACCCAGUUCAAGCCGUCACUGGGCGUCGUUCUCAUGCGCCACUUUGGCGCAACGCGCGUCCUGGACUUUAGCGCUGGUUGGGGCGACCGCUUGAUUGCAGCCAUGGCCGCUGGCGUGGCCCGCUACGUCGGAGUCGACCCAAACACGGGCCUGCGCGCGGGUCACGAUGCCAUGAUUGCCGAGCUCGGACCCCAUGCUUCUGGCGAGCAAGUGUCCCCGCAGUCCCGCUUCACCAUCGUGUACGAGCCCUUCCAGACGGCCCGCCUGCCCGAAGGCGAAAUGUUUGACAUGGUGUUUACCAGUCCGCCGUUCUUUGAUUUCGAGAUUUACACGCAGCUGCCAGGCCAGUCUGUGCUUGACCACCCUCGGCAGGAUGCCUGGCUGGUGAACUUUCUGUGCCUGUCGCUGGCCAAGGCCUGGUCGCGCUUGGUUGAGAACGGCCACAUGCUGAUUCAUCUGAGCGACGUGUACAAGACCAAAGUGGUCGAGCCGAUGAGCCUGUUCAUCCAGUCGCACUUGCCUGGCGCAAGGUUUCUCGGCGUGAUUGCGUCGCAAUCCACGGAAAGUGCCAACAAACCCCGGCCCGUUUGGGCGUGGAAAAAGACGGCCGCCGACCACGGCCGAGUAGCAGACGCCAAUCGACUGCUCACCAACAACUUCCGCUCUGUUCAUCAACUGAUUGAACGCGCCAGGGAGCUCGAUCCCUAUGUGGUACGUCCAGGAACGAGUUUCUCGAGGCCUCCUCCCGUGACCAUUUUCGACCGCGUGAAGCGUGCUCCCGACAAUCACGAAGGUGACUCUGCCUCCAAGCGGGGUCGGUUUGAUUCUUAGUGGUGGUCAGCACACAUGUUUUGUUUGCAGCCCAGCGUUCGUCGAUUCUCUCUCGUUGUUUUCACCUAUGCUGCAUUAUGACUAUGGUUGUGGAUGAAGAAACCUGUGCUCCACUUUACAAUAGAGUACUGCACCAUC